UUCUUAAAACUCAAAUCCAAACCUUAAACAAAAUGGAAUUGCGGAGAGGAUUUCCUCUCUUAAUCCAACAGUACAAAGCUUUACUCUUUAAGAAUCUUCUCCUCUCAUGGCGAAAUAGGCGAUCCACAUUUCUCCAGCUUUUCUCAUCCCUCUUCUUCAUCUUCAUCAUCUUCUGCAUUCAAAAAGCAUUCGACUCGAGAUACUCCUCGUCUUCUUCUUUCAAAAGUAUCAAUGAUCCUGAACCGUUGAUCUUUCCCGCAAUCCCACCUUGUGAGGAAAAAUUCUACUCUAAAUUGCCAUGCUUUGAUUUUGUUUGGAGUGGGAAUGACAGUGCUAGAAUUGGGGAGAUUGUUAGAAGGAUUCGAGAGAAUAAUCCCGGCCGGAGUAUUCCUUCUGACAAGGUUCAGUCAUUCAAAACGCGAAAUGAAGUUGAUGAUUGGCUUGCCAACCAUUCUAUGCAUUGUCCUGGAGCUCUGCAUUUAGUGGACAGAAACGCUACCGUAAUUAGCUAUGGAUUGCAGACUAAUUCUACUCCACUUGCUAAGCGAGGAAAUUUUGAAGAUCCUACUUUUAAAUUUCAAAUUCCACUUCAACUUGCUGCAGAACGUGAAAUCGCAAGAUUUCUGAUUGGAGAUGCAAGCUUUAGUUGGGUUGUCAGUCUUAAGGAAUUUGCCCAUCCUGCUAUUGAAAUCUUUUCGGCUGUGCAAAGAGCAGGACCGACCUUUUUCCUGGCAAUUGCUAUGUUUGCUUUUGUCCUUCAAAUUUCUGCUUUGACCACGGAGAAAGAAUUAAAACUUCGCCAGGCAAUGACAAUGAUGGGUCUUUAUGAUACUGCCUAUUGGUUAUCGUGGCUCACUUGGGAGGGAAUCCUCACAUUGCUUUCCUCACUUUUCACAGUUUUAUUUGGAAUGAUGUUCCAGUUUGACUUUUUCUUGCACAACAGUUUUGCUGUUGUGUUCUUCUUGUUCUUUCUCUUUCAAUUGAGUAUGACUGCAUUUGCCUUUAUGCUGUCUACGUUUAUUAGCAAGUCUGAUUCGUCCAGCACGUUAGGUUUCUUUUGCUUUAUUAUUGGUUCCAUGACUCAGAUCGUGACAGCAUUUGGAUUUCCUUACAGCGAUGACUUCUCGAACACGUACCGAAUUGUGUGGUCACUUUUUCCUCCAAAUCUUUUUGCUAAAGGUCUCGAAUUGCUCUCUGAUGCAACUGCAACUCCUCAAGAUCCCGGUGUCAGCUGGAAUGGGAGGACAAAAUGUUCACCAAAUGAUACUGAUUGCAUCAUAACAAUUAACAAGAUUUACAUAUGGCUUUUAGCUGUAUCCUUUCUCUGGUUUGUUUUGGCCAUCUACUUUGACAAUAUUUUUCCAAAUACAUCUGGGGUGAGAAAGUCGGUGUUAUAUUUUCUGAGUCCUGGGUACUGGACCGGAAAUGGGGGAAACAAGGUGGAAGGAAGCAUAUGUAGUUGCUUUAGUUCAGUACCACUCGUGGACAGCACCAUUCCAGAGGACGAGGAUGUACUUGAAGAGGAAAACAUAGUGAAACAGCAAGCUUCAGACGGUAGUGUAGAUUCACGAAUUGCAGUCCAAAUACGUGGUCUCGUGAAAACUUACGCUGGAGCAACAAAGAUCGGGUGCUGCAAAUGUAAGAGGACCUCUCCUUACCAUGCUCUCAAGUACGCAACAUUAAUUUAUGGAUAUUCCAUCCGAAGCUCCACUGGUAUGUCAAACAUUCGCAGGAUGAUAGGGGUUUGUCCUCAGUUUGAUAUUCUUUGGGAUGCAUUGUCUGGUCAAGAGCACCUACACUUGUUUGCCAGUAUCAAAGGUCUGACGCCUGCUUCCAUUGUGUCGGUUGUGCAGAAAUUAAUAGCAGAAGUAAAACUUACUGAGGCAGCCAAGAUGAGAGCUGGUAGCUAUAGUGGCGGAAUGAGACGUCGUCUUAGUGUUGCUAUUGCCCUUAUUGGUGAACCAAAGUUGGUCAUUUUGGAUGAACCGACCACUGGGAUGGAUCCAAUAACUAGAAGACACGUGUGGGAUGUAAUUGAAGAGGCUAAAAAAGGGCGUGCCAUUAUUCUAACUACUCAUUCGAUGGAAGAAGCUGACAUCUUAAGUGACAGGAUAGGAAUUAUGGCAAAGGGUAGGCUUCGCUGCAUUGGAACUUCAAUAAGGUUGAAGUCGCGGUUUGGAACUGGUUUCAUUGCUACUAUAAGCUUUUCCGGGGAUGUUAAUGGUACCCCAAACAGAGGGGAUGCGUUUGAUACCACUCAACAUGAAGCUGUUAAACAGUUCUUUAAAUCAUAUUUGAAUGUUAUGCCUAAGGAGGAAAGCAAGUCUUUCCUGACUUUUGUUAUUCCUCAUGAAAAAGAGAAGCUAUUGACGAAAUUUUUUGAGGAGCUCCAAGAGAAAGUGAAAGAAUACGGCAUAGCAGACAUCCAACUUGGUCUUACAACUUUGGAAGAAGUUUUUCUGAAUAUAGUAAAACAGGCUGAAUUGGAAAGUGCUGCGUCUGAGGGAAGCUUUGCAACUAUGACUCUAAACUCAGGAAUUUCAGUUCAGGUACCUGUAGGUGCGAGGUUUGUUGGGGUUCCAGGAACUGAAUCUACAGAAAAUCCAAGAGGAAUUAUGGUAGAGGUAUAUUGGGAACAAGAUGAUGCCGGAGCACUCUGCAUUUCCGGUCACUCAGAUGAUACGCCAAUCCCCCCUCAUGUACAACUAAGAGCAACAUCUGCUCCCACAUCUGGCAUAAGUAUUUUGGGCCGAAGACAGCAAAUUCAUGGAAUUGUAAUUGACCCUGACCAAAUCACCAAUUCAAAUAUGUGAUCUUUGUUGAAAUGUUACUAGUAGGAUAUUUAGUGUACACAAUAAUUAGAAAUGGUGUUGAGAAACAAUUUUUUUUUUCCCCUUGUAUCUUUGUAUAAACAUAGGAUGUAUCAUUCCUUUUCUAGCCAACAUUAUAUGCUUGUAAUAUUUACAAAGUUAUGUACUAGGGCAAUAUUCGGAAACAAAUAGAAGUUUGAAAUUCA